UUCAUGAGAAAUCACUAGUUGCCAAGCGCUGGUGGAAGUCAUAUAAUGCUCCUGACCCAAAUGCUGUUGUGAGCAAGCAAAACAAUUAAAUAAUGGAACGCAUGGCACCAAGCAUUAAGCCUAAAACAAAACAUGCAAAGUUUAAUGAGUCAAUGAAAUUGUCAGGUGAACUUGCGGAUAUCCUUUCAAUAUGUAGCCCAAGAGUGUAUGGUCAAAGGACUCAAUUGCUAAAGGGCAUCAUUGAUUCUUGGAGGAAGAAUGACGAAGUGCUCCUUAUACAUGGGACUGAUUCUGCUGCCAUUGAGAAGGAGAAUAAUGACAAAUUAGAGGGUGAAGUUUUUGUAGAACCGGAAGAAACCUCUGACAAAUCUGUUGAAAAAGAUCAGGUACAAAAUGAAGAAAAGUCACAUUUGCAAGAGAGCGAUGAUAUCAGUGAUAACUUAUCAGAAGAUGAGAGAGAGGAAGUUAAAGGUUCAGAUGCUGAAACAGAUAGUGAAGCAGGUGACAGUGAUGAACAUUUUAGUGGAGUUCAAGAUGGAAUUAGCGAAACAGCAGGAGAUGAUGUAGGCGCACACCAAGAGUAUGAAAUACAGCCAGAUAAACUUGAAAACUAUAUACCGGUAAUUGCUUUUGAAAAAGAUGACAAUGAUGACAGUUUGGGUUUUGGUGCAGGUCUAGACCAGGAGGAAAUUAAUGGUACUACCACUACUACAAAGAAGGGAGAAGAAAUUGAUGAGCGAAUAGCAUUUGAUACUCAUACUGAUAAAAGUGACAGUCAUCAACCGCUUCUGAAACAGGAACCGAAUGAUGAGUCUUUCAAUAUUUCUGAUGAUGAGAUCUUGUGUGUAUUCGAUGGCAACGUUUCUGCAGAUGGCCAACAGAACAAGAACCAAAUUCCAUCUGGUUCAGUUCUACCCGCUCCAGUACAGUCUAAAGGAAGACCCAAACAGAAUAGGAGACAGCUGCAUACUGCCAUUGGAACAUUACGGAAGACUGCGGUUAAAGUAACACAAAAGCCAAAACUUAUUGCAUCAGAACAGGCACAGGUGAACCCAUCUGUCGUUAAACUGCCCCUAGCACUAAAAAUAGUUGGCCGUCCAAAUGGCUUGGACAAGUCAACAAUUCCCAAACUCAGGAAAAGAACUAGUACAAAGAAGGACCAUCUUCGUGCAUUUAAUGGAGAAGAGUCGGACAGUGAUGUUGAUGGCAAUGUAAAGAGUUCUGCUCCCAAAGACAGGCCGGACAAGCCAAAGAACUACUACAUACCACAUUGUUACUGCAUGAUGAUAGCAAAAAAAUUAGUUAUCUGUUAAAUGUUUACUUUCAAAAACAGAAAAUAUUUAGUCAUUGUUUGCAAUUAAUUUAUUUUUCAGGAAUAAAUCCUAUCGACAGAAAGGUAGAAUUUACUUUUCUUGCCCGGAUAAAAAAUGCAAGUAUCUGAGGUGGGCGAACACUUUGUUCAAUAUUGACCCUGCAACAUUUACUGAUGAACCCAAGGACUUAUCUUCUCUUUUAGACGACGAGGACAGUAAUGAGGUCAUUCUGACCUGUGCUAUGCCAGGACUAUCGUGCCCUGUUUGCACCUCAAGUGGACCUCCAGAUGAACAUUCAGCACAUAAAUGUGCUGUUUGUAAAAAACCAGUGCACGCGAUCGGAUGUUCUGUGCUCAGACCCCAAGGUGAAGAGGGUUUCGGGGGUUCGGGCAGGAUUUGCCUUGCCUGCAACCAAAGUGGUGAGCUGCUUUUUGACUAUAAUCUUUUUAUUACUUCACAGUUCUGCAUAUCACAUUUUUCUGCGUUUCUCAUGAGUGGGAUAGGGUUUGUUUUUGAAAGAGGGGGAGGGGGGGGAGGGUAAAGGAUUUUUGUGUUGUUUUUUUACCAUGCAGGCAAAUAACAUCCUAUCAAGGAUUCCACCAGCCCUUCUGAGGGCUUCGACUGUCCUUUUGAGGACAAACAGUCCAUUUAUGGGCUUCGAUAUUUUUGGUGAGUUACUGCAGCAGUUGUAGUGAUAUGCCUUUCCCACUGCCUGUUCUAAUUUGCUGUAACUGUAAGCAAGUUCAACUACAUUUGGAUUUUAAAAUUAAGGUGCUGGUAUGAGCAGCUUUAGUGAGGUUUUCUUCUCUUUCCUUACCUUCUUCAUUAUGUAACAUGUCUUGGUUCUCUGUAUAAAAUUUAUCAUUCCUCACUGGUAUUUGUUGUGUCAGUUUUAUUGUUACUGCACAGAUCUUUUCCAAUUUCUUUUGCUGUUUUCAAAUGAAAUGCUAAUCCGGCUUCUUCAACACUUAUCCCUUGAACCUUAUUCAAAGACCUUGCAUGUUUUAUCUAAAUCAAUAUUUAUUUUCUCUUAGCUACUGGUCAAAUGCAGCAAUGCUGCAGUUGCAACUUGGAGGUCACUGGCCUGCAGAGAUGUAACACCUGUAAUAAGUCCGUCCAUUCCAUUCCCCCAUGCUCUACUGUAGUAGACACUAGUCACCGUGUUUGUCGUGGUUGAAAACAACGCCAAAAUAGUAAAAGAAAGCUUUCGACUUCGCUGCCAAUGAAUCAGCUCAAAAAUGUCAAAAGACCAUUAUUUCCUGAAGCUUUCACAUCACAACCAGGUAUACCAGUUCAGAAAAUAACUCCCAAGAAAAGCACCAGAGGUAGAACGCUCACCAAAAAAACUCCUUUCUCACCCUCGCAGUUGCCUACUUUUGUUUCCAGCACUUGGUUAUGUUUUACUGUAUUUUAUUCUAUUCAACAAUUUUGUAUGCAAGUUAUUUCACAUGUCUAUCCUGACGUUUGUUUGUAUAACUUUGUUUUUGUUUCAUACAUCAUUUUAAAUGUAUUCUGCGCAAUUUCGUAUUUAAGUUUUAUUUCAUUUGUCUAUCCUGACGUUUGUUUGUAAAACUUCGUUUUUGUCUCAUGCAUCAUUUUAAAUAUAUUCUGCAAUUUUGUAUUUCAUUUGUAUUAUUUCAUUGGUCCAUUUCUGCA